AUGGGGCAGGAGAGCUCUAAGAAUGAAGGGCUCUUCCUCUCGGUCCUCCAGCAGAUGCUGCUGGGACGAGGAAUUAGGGUACCCCACAAAGAGCUAAAGCAAUUCUUAGCAUUUAUUAAGAAAAGCAGCCCAUGGUUCCCAGAAGAGGGAACAUUAUCAUUAGAGGACUGGAGAAGAGUAGGAAAAGAUCUGAGAAAAUUUUACUCAGAACAAUGGCCCAGCGAGGUUCCAGCUUUAGCCUUCUCUUUAUGGAGCCAGCUGAGAGACUUAUUAGGAGACAAAUCAGAGUAUGAAUGUUUGGUAGAAGAAACACAGUCUAAUCCUAGGAAAAAUAAAGGCUAUGGAGCUCUUGAGGAACAAGUUAGUCGCCCACUACUAGAGAAGUAUAAGUGGCAGAAUGAUGACUGGUUAGAUCCUGAAGAAGAGGCAGAAUUAGAUGAUGAGGCUGCCCAUUGUCAUAAUGAUGAUGACGGUCUUUUGCCCACCAUCCCUAUGGCCACGGUGCCUCCCUUGAAGCUCAAAGACAGACAGGGAGGACAUAGAGCCCCUGCUAAUGCUGGGUUUAUGGCCGCCGUAAAAGAGGCAAGAAGAGAAGGGGAUGCUGGGUUCCUCUUCCCGGUAAUAUCAUUGGAUGAUGAACCAGAGUGGGAGCCUUUACCAUUAAAAAUGUUAAAGGAAUUAGCUCAGGCAGUUCAGUCCACAGGAGCUUCCUCACCAUACACUUUACAAAUAGUAGAAACGGUGGCAACUAUGUGGUUAACUCCCUACGACUGGCAGCAAACAGCCCAGUCAGUUUUGAAGCCAGGACAAUAUAUUUUGUGGAGAACAGAGUUUGAAGAUCAGGCCAGAAUUUACUUGCAACAGGCAUUGUUUAAAAGAAGCAGAGGCCCCAAGCCAACAUUCUCUAUGUUAAUGGGCAGAGAUGACUGGGGGGAUCCCCGGCAGCAGAUGAAAAUUCCCAGAGAGUCCCUACAAGCUAUUUCUAAGAUAGCCAUCUCAGGGAAGGUUUCGGUUCUCUCUGGUAUCAGGCAGAGACCGGAGGAGCCUUUUGAAGAAUUUAUUGCUAGGUUAGAAGAGACUGUAAAAAGAAUGAUGCCUGAGUCAGAAGGAGCAGAAAUUUUAUUAAAACAAUUGGCUUGGGAAAAUGCCAACACAGUCUGUAAAGACUUGCUACAGCCAUUAAAAAGGACAGGGACAAUAGAAGAUUUUAUCAGGACAUGCAUGGACGUGUCUCCUGCAGUUAUUCAGGGAACGGCCAUGGCAGCUGCCCUACAAGAACAGACCCUGCCACAAUUCAUUAAAAACAAGAACGCAGGGAAAAGACAAAAAGGGAAGUGUUUCAAGUGUGGCCAGACAGGACACUUUGAGAGGGAGUGCCCCCAAGAUAAUGAGGCCCGCUGGCCACCAGAGAGAAAACUGAAUCAAGAGGAAAGGUCCACACUUCGCAACAGAAAACACAGAACCUACGGAAACGGUGAGGGCAUUAGACUUGGAGGUGAGCUGAAAGGGUAUUAA